AUGGCAGACGGGGCGCCCCGGCCCCCCCUCUAUCGCAGCGUCUCGUUCAAGCUGCUGGAGCGCUGGAGCGGCGGACCAGGGCCGAGGGAGGAGGAGGUCGGCGACACCCCCGGGCUGCGGCGCCCGCGCCCGCUCCGCAGUCUCUCCCCGUCGGUGCGCCAGCUCUCCCGGCGCUUCGACGCGCCUCGUCUAGACAACGACCCAGCAGAGGCCCGGGACGGGGGCGUCUCCCCAGGGACCGUGGAAGAAGCGUCUGAGGGCGCCGCGCGCGGGGCCUGGCCCAGCGUCACCGAGAUGCGCAAGCUCUUCGGCGGCCCUGGCUCCCGGCGGCCCAGUACCGACUCUGAGGGUCCAGGGACGCCCAGCCCCGACGGUGCCGGGUGGGAGCACCAGACUCGCGAGCUCCGGCAGCCUCCGACGCCUCCGCCUCGGACGUGCUUCCCCCUGGCGGGCCUGCGUUCAGCGCGGCCGCUGCCCGGGCCGGGGGCCGAGGGGAGGAGGCGGCGGCAGCAGCAACCGGAGCGGGCUCAGCGUCCGGCGGAUGGUUUACAUUCUUGGCAUAGCUUCUCGGUACCGCAGGCCGGGGCCCGGGCCUCCUGCUCCUCCUCCUCCUCCAUCGCCUCCUCCUAUCCUGUCAGCCGCAGCGGGGCUGCCAGCUCCAGCGAGGAGGAAGAGGAGGGUCCGCCGCCGCCGACUACCGGGGUGCAGACUCCAGCCUACCAUGGUGGCCACUCUUCUGGCAGUGAUGAGGAGCGUGACUGUGAGGGCAACAACCACCGCUGUGGAGUCAGACCGGGGCCCAGGCCUGGAAGCUCCCGCUCGAGCCAAGACUGCAGGACAGACCGUGAUGGGUUAAGUAUGGGCAGCAUGGACUCCGCAAGGAGAGCCAGGAGCCCAGAGCCCCUAACACCUCCAAGAGUCCCUAGUGAGGAGGGAUCCCAGGACUGGGGUGCUGGCUCGCCACCCUGCAUCCCAGGUCCCCAGGAGGUUCUACGGCCCAUGUCGGACUCUGGGGGUGGAGCUUUCCGAGUGGCCAAGGUGAGUUUUCCUGCUUAUCUGGCCAGCCCUGCGGGCUCCCGCUGCAGCAGUCGUUAUUCCAGCACGGAGACCCUCAAGGAUGAGGACCUAUGGUCUACUCGGAGUUCUGGGAGCUGGGGCGUGUACCGCUCCCCUAGCUUUGGGUCCGGAGAAGGGAUUCUCUUGCGGUCCCAGGCUCGAACCCGUGCCAAGGGAUCUGUGGGCGCCUCAAAAGCACUGAGGGAUGGAGGAUUGGAGCUGGAUAAGAGCCGGCAGCGGAAAUCCCUGUCAAACCCAGAUAUUGCAUCGGAGACCUUGACUUUGCUCAAUUUCCUGCGCUCAGACCUUUCAGAGCUGAGGAUCCGCAAGACUGGCCAGCGUCCUGGGGACUCAGAGAGAGACCCCCAGGAUGGCAGCGAUUCGCCAACAUCAGGUGGCCCUGUGGGACAACUUGGCCCGGUGCCUGCGCCAGUCCCAGCAUCACCUGGCACCCGCCCCACCCUCAAGGACUUGACUGCCACCUUGCGCAGGGCGAAGUCAUUUACCUGUUCUGAGAAGCCCAUGGCAGGCCGCCUGCCUCGAGCCAGUACCCUCAAGCCCAGCUCCUCCGAGCUUCUGCUGGCAGGCCCUGGUGCUGAGGAGGACCCACUGCCUCUUGUCGUCCAAGAUCAGUAUGUGCAGGAAGCCCGGCAGGUGUUUGAAAAGAUUCAACGCAUGGGUGCCCAGCAGGACGAUGGAAGUGAUAUCCUUCCUGGGACCCCUGACUGGACAGGGGACAGGGCUGGGGGUAAGCGGUCCCAGGAGGAGCUCUCAGGCCCUGAGUCCAGCCUGACAGAUGAGGGCAUUGGAGCAGACCCUGAGCCUUCUGUUUCAGCCUUUUGCAGCCUGGGUUCUGCAGGGGUGUGGCGACCCCUUUCCUCAUCCUCUGCCCAGACCAACCACCAAAGCUCUGGAGCAGAGGACAGUUUGGGUGCAUGGGCUCUUGUGUCCCCUGAGACUCCUCCCACACCUGGGACCCUCCGUAGACGUCGCAAAGCCCCACCUUCAGGCCCUGGUGGGACUGAACUGAGUAAUGGGGAGGCAGGGGAGGCCUAUAGGUCUCUGAGUGACCCAAUUCCACAGCGUCACCGGACUGCCACCUCUGAGGAACCCAUAGGGUUCUCUGUGGACAGCAACCUCUUGGGGUCUCUCAGCCCCAAGUCAGGGCUCCCAGUGGCCCCACCUGUGGAUGAGGGCCUGACCAGCAGUCACAGUGACUGGUCUGUGGGUAGUGAAGAGAGUAAGGGAUACCAGGAUGUUAUUCAGAGCAUUGUCCAGGGGCCUGCUGCCUUUGGGCGUGUGGUGGAUGACAGGACUACCAGCAAAGCCCCGAAGAAGAAAUCUCUGAGUGACCCUAGCCGCCGUGGGGAGCUCGCAGGCCCUGAAUUUGAGGGCCCCGGAGGGGAGCCCAUCCGAGAGGUAGAGCCAGUUCUGCCUCCGUCCAGCAGUGAGCCUAUACUUGCAGAGCAACGGGCAGAGCCCCAGGAACCCGGUCCUGCCAGGGGCAGGGCACAGUCUGAGAGGGUCCUGCCUGAGGCCCCACCUGUCCCUUCCGCGGCCCACUGUGACUUCCACCUUAGCCCUAAGCUGACUGAGGUUCUGUCCCCGCGGCUCAUCCACCGAGGCGCCAAGAAGAGGCCAGCCCGGAGCAGUCACCAAGAGCUUCAGAGAGAAGAGGACAAUCAGGACCAGACUGGCAGCCUGUCUCGGAACCGGCCCUCCUCAAAGCAUGUUCGCCAUGCCAGUGUGCCUGCCACCUUCACACCGAUUGUGGUGCCUGAGCCACCCACUUCUGUUGGCCCCCCAGUGGCUGUGCCAGAACCCAUGGGCUUCCCCACACGUGCACACGCUUCCUUGCAGGCACCCUCACUCGAGGAUGUCACCAAGCAGUACAUGCUGACCCUCCAUUCUGGUGAGGUCCCUGCUCGUGUGCCUGUGGAUGUGCCCUCCUUGGCUCCACUUGCACCACCCUCUGCAGAGGCCAAGCCCCCUGAGGCUUCCAGGGCCCCACAUGAGCCUGCCCCAGCUAGCAAGCGCUACAGCAAGCCGCAAGUGGAUAUGCGGAAGCAUGUGACCAUGACCUUGCUGGACACAGAGCAGUCAUAUGUGGAGUCGCUGCGUACACUGAUGCAGGGCUACAUGCAACCACUGAAGCAGCCAGAGAACUCCUUGCUGUGUGACCCAUCACUGGUGGACGAGAUUUUCGACCAGAUCCCUGAGCUCCUACAGCACCACGAGCAGUUCCUGGAGCAGGUGCGGCACUGUGUGCAGACGUGGCAUGCCCAGCAGAAGGUGGGAGACCUGCUCAUCCAGUCGUUCUCCAAGGACGUCUUGGUCGACAUCUACUCUGCUUAUAUCGAUAACUUCCUCAAUGCAAAGGACGCUGUGCGUGUGGCUAAGGAGGCAAAGCCAGCCUUUCUCAAGUUUCUGGAGCAAAGCAUGAGGGAGAACAAGGAGAAGCAGGCGCUGUCCGACCUCAUGAUCAAACCUGUGCAGCGGAUUCCACGCUACGAGCUUCUGGUGAAGGACCUCCUGAAGCACACACCUGAGGACCACCCAGACCACCCACUCCUGCUGGAUGCACAGCGGAACAUCAAGCAGGUGGCUGAGCGCAUCAACAAGGGCGUGCGGAGCGCUGAGGAAGCUGAGCGGCAUGCACGCGUGCUGCAGGAGAUCGAGGCCCACAUCGAGGGCAUGGAGGAUCUCCAGGCCCCUCUGCGACGGUUCCUGAGGCAGGAAAUGGUCAUUGAAGUGAAGGCAGUCGGUGGCAAGAAGGACCGGUCCCUCUUCCUGUUCACAGACCUCAUUGUCUGCACCACCCUGAAGCGGAAGUCAGGGUCCCUGCGGCGCAGCUCCAUGAGCCUGUACACGGCAGCCAGCGUCAUCGACACGGCCAGCAAGUACAAGCUGCUGUGGAAGCUUCCCCUGGAAGAUGCAGACAUCAUCAAAGGGGCAUCCCAGGCUACCAAUCGGGAGAACAUUCAGAAGGCCAUCAGCCGUCUGGACGAGGACCUGACCACCCUGGGCCAGAUGAGCAAGCUCUCCGAGAGCAUUGCUUUUCCCCACCAGAACCUGGAUGAUGCGCUGCGGGACCUGUCAGCUGCCAUGCACCGGGAUCUGUCAGAGAAGCAAGCUCUGUGCUAUGCUCUCUCCUUCCCACCCACCAAGCUGGAGCUGUGCACCACGAGGCCCGAGGGCACUGACUCCUUCAUCUUUGAGUUCCCCCACCCUGACGCCCGCCUCGGCUUUGAGCAAGCUUUUGAUGAGGCCAAGAGGAAGCUGGCAUCUAGCAAAAGCUGUUUAGACCCUGAGUUCCUGAAGGCCAUCCCCAUCAUGAAAACCAGGAGCGGCAUGCAGUUCUCCUGUGCUGCCCCCACCCUGAGCAGCUGCCCAGAGCCCGCACCUGAGGUGUGGGUUUGCAACAGUGAUGGCUAUGUGGGCCAGGUGUGCCUGCUGAGCCUGCGUGCAGAGCCCGAUGUGGAGGCCUGCAUCGCCGUCUGCUCCGCCCGCAUCCUCUGCAUCGGGGCAGUGCCCGGCCUGCAGCGCCGCUGCAACCAGGAAGGGCUCCCUUCACUGGGGAACCCCCCUGAGACAGCACCAGAGGCUACAGGGCCAGAACUGGACGCUGAAGCCGCCACUGACGAGGAAGCAGCCACGCUGACGGAGGCGGGGCCCCAACCCUGUCUGCACAUCUCCAUUGCAGGCUCUGGCCUAGAGAUGGCCCCAGGGCCUGCUGAGGGUGACACUCGUCCUGAGUUAGUGCCUUUUGAUAGUGACUCAGAUGACGAGUCUUCGCCCAGCCCCUCGGGGACCCUGCAGAGCCAGGCCAGCCGCUCCACCAUCUCCUCCAGCUUUGGAAAUGAGGAGACCCCUAGCUCCAAGGAGGCCACAGUGGAGACGACCAGCUCUGAGGAGGAGCAGGAGCCUGGCUUCCUGCCACUGUCUGGCUCGUUCGGGCCUGGUGGCCCCUGUGGCACAAGCCCCAUGGAUGGGCGAGCCCUUCGCCGCUCCAGCCGCGGCUCCUUCACCCGGGGCAGCCUGGAGGACCUGCUGAGCGUUGACCCGGAAGCCUACCAGAGCUCCGUUUGGCUGGGCACUGAGGAUGGCUGUGUCCACGUGUACCAGUCCUCCGACAGCAUCCGAGAUCGCAGGAACAGCAUGAAGCUCCAGCACGCAGCCUCUGUCACCUGCAUCCUGUAUCUAAAUAAUCAGGUGUUUGUAUCUCUGGCCAAUGGAGAACUUGUAGUCUACCAGAGGGAAGCAGGUCAUUUCUGGGACCCUCAGAACUUCAAAUCCGUGACUCUGGGAACUCAGGGGAACCCCAUCACCAAGAUGGUAUCUGUGGGUGGGCGGCUGUGGUGUGGCUGCCAGAACCGAGUCCUCGUCCUGAGCCCCGACACUCUGCAGCUGGAGCACACGUUUUACGUGGGGCAGGAUUCAAGCCGCAGUGUGGCCUGCAUGGUGGACUCCAGCCUGGGCGUGUGGGUGACGUUGAAAGGCAGUGCCCACGUGUGUCUUUACCACCCAGACACCUUCGAGCAGCUGGCAGAGGUGGAUGUCACACCUCCUGUGCACAGGAUGCUGGCAGGCUCAGAUGCCAUCAUCCGUCAGCACAAGGCUGCCUGCUUGCGGAUCACAGCGCUGCUGGUGUGUGAAGAGCUGCUGUGGGUCGGCACCAGUGCAGGUGUCGUGCUCACCAUGCCCACCUCACCCAGCACUGUCAGCUGCCCACGGGCUCCGCUCAGCCCUGCUGGCCUAGGCCAGGGACACACCGGCCAUGUCCGCUUUCUGGCUGCAGUCCAACUGCCAGAUGGCUUCAACCUGCUCUGCCCAACCCCUCCACCUCCCCCAGACACAGGCCCCGAGAAGCUGCCAUCACUGGAGCACCAGGACUCCUCCCGAUACCGAGGUUCCACCUCAGCCAGGCCUAAAAUGCUGGUCAUCAGUGGUGGUGAUGGCUAUGAGGACUUCCGGCUCAGCAGUGGGGGCGGCAGCAGCAGUGAGACCGUGGGCCGAGAUGACAGCACAAACCACCUCCUCCUAUGGAGGGUGUGA